CAACCAUGUCUUUGAUUAUCCUUGCCAAAUUACCCUUAUGAUGUACUCAUUUUUUCAACAUAGAUGUGAUUUUUCAUAUUUCAUUUCUCUUCAGGUUGUGGCAUGUGUGUUGAUUGAUCUAUGAGGGUAUUUGGGGAUGGCGCUGAUUGGCUUUGUGGCGGUGGCAGUGUGUGGGUCUCUGGUUGCUUGGGCCGAUCAGUUGAAGCAGGCCCGAAUGCCUUUGUUACACCAUCGUCCGUUUGUGGUGGUGUGGAACGCACCCACCGAAUCCUGUCGUCUUCGAUUCAAGGUGGAUUUGGACCUUAGUGUCUUCGACAUCGUUGCAAACCACAACGAGACUUUGAGCGGCCCCAGCGUAACUAUCUUUUACCACAGUCACCUGGGUUACUACCCUUACUACACCAGCUCUGAGAUUCCCAUCAAUGGAGGCCUUCCUCAGAACCAAAGCCUGAGCAAACACCUCAGCAAAGCUCGAGCUGACAUCGACAAGCUCAUUCCCUUCAAGGACUUUCACGGGCUUGGUGUCAUCGACUGGGAAAACUGGCGUCCGCAGUGGGUGCGCAAUUGGGGCUCGAAGGACAUCUACCGAAACAAAUCCAAGGAACUUAUAAGGAAGCUGCAUCCUGGUUGGCCACAAAGUAAGGUGGAGAAUGAAGCAAAGGAACUCUUUGAGAGGGCCGGACAAGUAUUCAUGAACUCAACGCUCUUGCUGGCCGAGAGUCGACGACCGCAUGGUCUUUGGGGGUAUUACCUCUUCCCUGACUGUUACAACUAUGGUUAUAAGCAGCAUCCGUUGCGUUACACAGGAGAGUGUCCUAAUAUAGAGCAUGUACGCAAUGACCACCUGAUGUGGCUGUGGAAGGAGAGCACGGCCCUCUAUCCUUCCAUCUAUCUCGACUAUGAGCUCAAGUCUUCGGCCAACACGGUAAAAUUUGUGCACUACCGUGUCAAGGAGGCCAUGCGGAUCGCCUCGAUUGCCAGGAAUGACUAUACGCUGCCAGUUUUCGUCUACUCCAGACCUUUCUACGCCUACACAUUUGUUGUCCUAUCAGAGAGUGACCUGGUCCACACCAUAGGAGAGAGUGCAGCACUGGGGGCCGCUGGGGUGGUCCUGUGGGGGUCAUCUGAAUAUGCAAGAUCUCAGAGAAACUGCAUGACAGUCAAGAAAUACAUUGACGGUCCUCUGGGUCACUAUGUGAUCAACGUGACCUCAGCCGCUAAACUGUGCAGCAAAGCCUUGUGCAAGAAGAACGGCAAAUGUGUCCGCAAGAGCCUGGACUCUGGGGCUUACCUGCACCUCAACCCUCGCUUCUUCAACAUCCGCCUCAACCGAGGCAUUCGUGGGCCGCGUUUCCACGUCAGCGGCCAGCUCAACAACCACGACAUCCUGGACAUGAAGCAAAAGUUCACCUGUCAGUGUUACCAGGGCUGGACGGGCAUCUACUGUGAGAUGCCCCAGAAAGCACAGCCUCUCCCACCCCACCCGAGAGACAGUAUCCUGGGGGAACUACUGCUGGUCCUGUCCCUUCAUUUCUCCUGUCUGUCUGUCAUCAUGUUCUUAGGUCUGUGUCUCAUUAUUAAGUGUCUGAUACUGUAAAGCACCGUGU